UUCAACAAUUUAUUCUAUCACCUCGGUAACUUGCUAGCGAAUGUAAAACACUGGACAUCCUUGGACCGUUUGGUUAAAAACUCAGUGUUUUAAACCUUAACAAAAUGUACCGGCUACCCAACUUUCAAACAUAUGUAUAUUGUUAAUCAGGUAACUGGUUAUAAGAUAACCUUAGACUGAUUUCAGGCGUUGAUGCUAACUAGCUAGCUAAGCGGUCAGUAUCCAUAAAAAUGAACUCACAAACUUACUCGACCUCAGCGAAAGAAGAGGUCUGCUGGAAGGCAAAAGAAUCUCUGGGACUGAAUAUUGUCGUAAAAGAAGAAUAUGAUGGUAUCGUAGUGAAAGAAGAGAACGAGUUGACAGUCUUUAUAAAAGAAAAUAAAAAUGAAUCUCUCGGAAAAAACGUGGAGCAAGAGAAUGCCAUCACAACAUUCAAAGAUGUUACAGUGGAAGAAGAGGUAAAAGCUUUCGGAGUGAAAGACGAAGAGCACGUUACAGUUAAAAAGGAGCUAGAGGAAGAGAACCAGGGCACCGUUUUUGGAAUAAAAGAGGAGGAGGAGGAGAUCAGCAUCACUGUCAAAGAAGAGAAAGACACAUUCAGAGUAAAAGAGCCGGAGGAUGUUUCAGUGAUUGAGGGAGAUCCCGUUUUUGAGAUGAAAGAGGAGGAAACAGAGGAUGAAGAGAUUACUGUCCAAGUGAAAGAGGAGGAAGAUGAGGAUAUAGAGGAGACUGGACAUUUGGUUAUCAACUGUGGAAGACAAGUCUCAGAGGAUCCAGACACAUCCAAACCAGCAAGACCGCACCACUGCACCCACUGUGGAAAGAGUUUUACCAAAUUAGGGAACCUUACAAGACAUGAGAGGAUACAUUCCGGAGAGAAGCCUUACCACUGCUCCCAGUGUGGAAAACGUUUCACACAGUUAGGAAAUCUGAAAAAGCAUGAGAGAAUACACACAGGAGAGAGAUCAAAAGUAAACUCUGACAUUAGGAAGAGACCUUCAAAGGAACCAGAUCUAAAAACUGCAAAACCACCACAAUGUUGUGGAAAGACAUUAAGCCAGUCAUGGCAUCUCAGUGAAAAUGAAAAAACACACACAGGAGAAAAGAUUUUCCACUGCUCCCAGUGUGGAGUGAGUUUUAGGCGAAUAGGAAACCUAAAAAGGCAUGAAAGGACACACACAGGAGAAAAGCCUCAUCACUGUUCUCAGUGUGACAAAAGUUUCACUGAGUUAGGGAACCUUAAAAUUCAUGAGAGAAUACACACAGGAGAGAGGCCUUACAAAUGCAGUCAAUGUGGUAUGAGUUUUGCUAAGUUAGGGUACCUAAAAUCCCACCAGAGAACACAUACAGGAGAGAAGCCUUUCCACUGCUCUCAGUGUGGAAAGGGUUUUACAGAGUUAGGCAAUAUGAAAAGGCAUGAGAGGACCCACACAGGAGAGAAGCCUCAUCACUGCUCUCAGUGUGGAAAGAAUUUUACUGAAUUAGGGAGCCUAAAAGUUCAUAAGAGAAUACACACAGGAGAGAAACCUCACCAUUGCUCCCAAUGUGGGAAAAGUUUUACAGAGUUAGGCCAUUUAAAAAAACAUGAGAGAACGCAUACAGGAGACAAGCCUUUCCACUGCUCCCAAUGUGGGAAGUGUUUUACUGCAUUAGGGAGUCUUAAAAUACAUAACCGAAUACACACUGGAGAGAAGCCAUACCACUGCUUCCAGUGUGGAAAGAGUUUUACCAAAAUUGGGAACCUGAAAAUGCAUGAAAGAAUACACACAGGGGAGAAGCCUUACUUAUGCUCACUAUGUGGGAAGAACUUUACAUCAUUAAAGCAACUGAAUGACCAUGAAAGAAUCCACACUAAGGAGAAACCUUAUCAGUGCCCUUAAUCUGGAAUCAUUUUUUUCCAGUUGGGGAACAUGAGACCAGGUGGGAAAUAUGCUCGGAGUGUGGAAUUAAAUAUUUACAAAAUACUUAAAGUUUAUGAGAGAACUCAUACUGUUCCCUCACUUGACUGAGAUUGUGUUUUUAUGUCACAUGAAAUGCAGUUGUAUUAAGUGUGUUUAAAAAUACAUUGGGAUGUUUUUUUA